GAGAAAAAAAAUCAAGAGUAUUUUUCAUUUUUCUCACGUGUACUUGAUAUAAGAUAGGGGUCUAAGUCUUAAACAAUGUAUCCACACAUUUGAUAAAAUAAAUCAGUGAAUUCAAUGGUAAUUCGUCAACAAACUAUCUCAUUUUUUUACCUGAAAGCGAUACAGGUGAACAUUUAUCCAAAUUUAAGAACCCGUCAAAACGUCAAUAACGUGAAAGAUGGAAUCUAGCCAGUUUUUAUAGUUUGAAAGACCACAAGUGCUUGAGCUAAGAAAAUGUAAGCUAAAGAUAAACAGUACACUGAGUGAGUCCUAACCAAGAGUGACCAGUUGUCAAAGGUCAUGGACAGUGGAGAGAACAGCGAGUGGCUUUAUGAACUGCUGACUGAGGUCCAGCUUGACCAGUUCUUCACAAAAUUGAGAGAUGACCUUCAGGUUACCAGAAUAUCCCACUUUGACUAUGUUAAAGAGGAAGAUCUUCAAAAGAUCGGUAUGGGUAAACCAGCCAUUCGGCGUCUUCUGGAUGCUGUCAAGCGGAAAAAAGCCACUCUUAGAAAAAAGGGUAUCUUGGAUAAGAUACUGCCAAAGGUUCCAGAGAAGUCCAGCAGUAAGAAACCUAGUAGCCAAACCUCGAGCCUUCUUGACCAGACCCUCACCUGUCUGAUUCCCGAACCAUCACUUUUCCUCUAUGAUAAGCUGGGAAACGGUAGCUUCGGGGUUGUCCGGAAAGGCGACUGGAAAACGCCUUCUGGGGAAAAGAAGUUUGUCGCGGUCAAGAUUCUUCGGAAGGAUGCCCUUGCAAUGCCCGGAGCUUUUGAAGAUUUUGUGAAGGAGGUGAAUGUGAUGCACAACUUGGACCAUGAGAACAUCAUACGACUGUUUGGGAUUGUUCUGUCUACCCCUCUCAUGAUGGUGACAGAGUUAGCCCCCUUGGGAGCUCUUCUGGAUUAUCUUAGGAAGGAACAAGAGCGAAUCCUUGUGUGUCAACUGUGUGACUACGCGAUACAGGUUGCCAAGGGCAUGUGUUAUCUGGAGUCAAAACGAUUCAUACACCGUGACUUGGCGUCCAGGAAUGUGCUUCUAAUGUCAACAGACAAGGUGAAGAUUGGAGAUUUUGGCCUUAUGCGAGCUCUGCCCAGCCAAGAAGACCACUAUGUAAUGCAAGAACAUAAGAAAGUUCCUUUUGCUUGGUGUGCUCCAGAAAGCCUGAAGACUCGACAGUUUUCCCACGCCAGUGAUGCUUGGAUGUAUGCAGUAACGCUAUGGGAAAUGUUUACGUUUGGACAGGAACCUUGGCUCGGAUAUAACGGCUCACAGAUUUUACACAAAAUAGACGCUGAGGGAGAGAGGUUGUCACUUCCAGACUUGUGCCCAACAGAGAUCUACCAGCUCAUGUUGAAAUGUUGGGCCCUAAAACCAGCUGAAAGGCCUUCGUUUCUGGACAUCAAGGAGUACCUGUGUGAGAGAGAUGGAAAUUUAAAGGUGCGCCCAUUGGAUGUGAAGUCUCUACAGAGCUGUAAUGAGGAGGGAAAACUGUACAUUGAGCAGGGGGACCACAUUACUGUUAUAGAGGGAAGGCCCGACUGUUACUGGUGGAAAGGACAAAACAAGAGAACCCAUAUGGUUGGCCAUUUUCCCCGGCAUGUGGUGACCACCCAGCGUCGUCUAGGGGGCACAGACAUCAGCAAGCCCUUGAAGAACAGCUUCAUACACACAGGACACGGAGAUCCAGGAGGGAAGUCAUGGGGCAGCCCCGGGGAAAUUGAUGAGGUGUACCUGCGUAACCCUAUGGAGCCCCCAGAUCUUCAUGGAAAGGCCCCGCCCCCAGGCUCACCUGAAACCAGCUUGGAAAAAAGAAAACCAUUUGGCUAUGCAACCAGCCGCCAGUUUAACUACCACAAGUUUGAAGAUGAACCAGCCAAUGACGAGCCAACUUUUAGCCGAGCUGCAAAAUCAAGUCAAGCGCUCGAACACCUAGAUCUACAGAGAGCAGAAUUGACAAGGUCUGAUCAACACAGGUCUUGGCCAAUGAAGUCCGGACAUACAAAAGUGUAUCGUAGAGAGAGUAAUGAAAAACCGCUUAUCGAUUUCAAUGACGAUUCCUCAAGUAAUCAAGUGGAAAGAACUUUGGGGAAGCCAAGUUCGUCAAACGAGAUUAGCUCCAUUUUUGACUCUUUGUUAACUGGCAAUAGUUUGCAAUAUGGAAACCUGGAUCUACCACAGCCUCUUAUAAGGGAUUCCAUGGUGCAGCAAGAUCCGUUUGAAAUCAAUCCAUCUUAUUAUGCAAUACAAAAACAGGCUUCUAAACCCACUGAUUUAGAUGUGAGGCGGAAGCAGACACCACCAGCUCGACCUAAACCCAUAGUGUACAGACGCACAACUUCAAUAGAAAGCCAACAUAGUACUGACAGUUGGCAAAGUUUUUCGCCACCAAAGUGCACUGGCAUUAAACUGCCACCUGAAUACAGGAAACGCGAUAACGCCUCCCCAGAUACUACAAGUGUUCAUUCGGCAUAUUCAUUGCCCCCUCAGAAAGUUGACAACAUGGACAAGCCAGAUUCAUUUCAUUCCGCAGGCAAUAGUCCCCAAAAGCAACCAUCAACGCCAACUAAAUCUCAGUCCACAAAAGCUGUUCUUGAAGAAUUAUUCUCAAAAGCCAAACCUAGUGUAGCCAGUAACAAAAAUCUCCUGAAAAACAAUUCUGUUCAGCCCGAGAAAAACAUUCAACAGUCAAAGAAUGUUGAUAAAGCUUUUGAUUGGCUGAAUGAUGCUUUGAAUAAUUUCCAGUUAAAAAAGGCGGGAAAAUCUGAUUCAGACCCUGUAUUAGGAAAACAAGUGCCUUCACCUUUUUAUGAUCAAGUACCCAAUGAAACAAGUUCAAAUAAUGCAAUGUACACACGAUCCCCUCACCAACAAUUUUCACCUGGACAAUACCCUGUACAGUACUGUGAGGUUCCGAAUGAAAGAACAGGGAAUGGAGCUUUAGCAGCAGGUAGUAUUCCAAGGUAUGAUGAUGUACCUCAAUUUGAUGAUCCGAGGGACGUUAAACUUCCGACGGUGCGUAAAGAUUCAAUAUAUUCCCCACAGAGUACGACAUCUACAUAUUCUGACUGGGGUGAUGAUUUUGAUAGUGAUAUAGAGGAGCUAGGACAGACUGUGACUGGAAAGGAGGUCAACACACCGGCCCCUCCCCCUUUACCUAGCCGGGACUAUGGUGCAGUUAGUGACUUUCGCGCGAUUAACGCUUCAAAUAAUGCUGCACAUAAUCAAGUUUCUAUGGUCUCCAAUUUGCAUGAAAAAGAGCAUAAAGCUAACAUAUUUCCAAUAGUUCAAGACGGGAAACAGUUAAGUCAUACUCACUAUUUCCUAAUACCAGCAAAAGGUGACGAGCGGGGGGAGAAAGCAACAGCAGCUGUACGGCCGUUCUCCAUAGACGGAAACCAGUUUAUGAAUGCAGAACAAGGUAGACAUGAUUAUCAGAAUGUCGAGGAGCUGAGAGUAUUACCGAGGGAGCUGUGUCAUGAGGCUAGCUCAAGACACAGCAGUUCUGCAGAAGACCUUUAUCACAGACAACAUUCAAAAGAUUCCUCCUCGAGUGCAGGUCACUCGUGGAAUAGCCAACACAGUCAAAAUGUUGAUUUGAAUCACUCGUAUCCACACGAAAACAGAAAACGACACUACAGCCGAACAAACUCGCAUCAGUCCGAGUCGCUUGAGGCUAGCAUAGACUCUCAGCGAGACAAAAUCAAUGCCUUACAACAAUCUGUUAUAGGAAUCACUGACGAAGAAUGCUACGCAGCACUGUGUCACUGUCAGGGCCAUGUUGGUAAAGCAAUCAAGCACUUAAAAACGGAGCAACUGUUUCGGCUCGGUUUAGCUCCCCGUGAUCACUGUUAUAGGUUACUGGAAGCGCUAAAGUGGAAUCUCGAACUUGCCAGCUCUGUUAUGUUGGACGAAUAUAAAUCUACAAAAGCUUCAAGGGAAAGUGCUGUGUAGAUGGAUGUGGGGAGAUAGGAUGAUUAAAGAAUGUGAUAAAUUGCAUGUACGUUUUGUUAGCUGUUAUUAGUCAUGAUUUUUUUUUGUUAUACAAACUGGUGAAAUGCUAGUUUGUAAAAGGCUACGUCAGGCGGCUGUUCCCAGUUAAAACUGAAUCAUUGGCGCAAUAUUAAAUUUAUAUAGCAGACUUGUUUCUAAGUCUUACUGUUAAUGAAAUACUUGUGCACCAGUCAAUCGUAACCACGUGACCCCCAGGUCCGAGGAAUAGCGGGGACUUUGACUUUCGGUCCAGUCUACCCCGGGUAAAAUCCCCGCCCUGCGGUGAUGAACAGAUGGUAAAAUCCCUGCCAGAUGUACCGCACCCCAGGGACCUUAGGUAAGGCCCAUUCCCCGCUAUAUUUUUGCGAACACAAAACCACCACAUUCACCCGGUACUGCGGGGCCACCUGGAAGGUAAAAACACUGCUAUCCCCGGUAUACCCCCGGACCUGGGGGGGGGGGGGGGCGUGGUUACAAUUGACUGGUGCAUUAUGUAUUGAAAAAGGAUAACCAAUGCACAGGUUCAGUGAUGGAAUUUACAUAAAGGCCAGUUUAAAUUAAUAACAUUGCAGAGUUUUACUAACAAAUUAUACAAACUUCAGCGACAGACUUAAUGUUGAUAAUGAAAUAACUAAUACAAAUGCUUUUUAUUUAGUAAUAUAUUAUUAUGUACUAUUUAUAAGUUAAGUAAUAUACACAUUUAAGUCUGCAGUACAUUCUUGGAGCAUGCAGCUUUAAUGUUUUCGUCAGUUUUAUGAUGCUUAAAGCUGCACUUUCACAGAUGGAUCGUUUUGACAUGUUUUUUUAAAUGAUUAAUUUGCUAUUUUUGUGUCAGUGUCUGGAUACAGCGAUAUAAGACUGCUUAUAAAAAAACAGAUCGUAGUUUAUUCUUUUAACGUUCGAAAAAAUUGAUGUUUUAUGACCAAAAACAUUACUCAUGCUUUAAGAAAUCUGAAAUUUACCAAACAAUUGAGAUCUGUUCUACUGUGAGUGAUCUAAUUUGACUGAAUUGAAGGCACUGAUGCCAUGAUCUACUUUGACUGAAUUGAAGGCACUGAUGCCAUGAUCUACUUUGACUGAAUUGAAGGCACUGAUGCCAUGAUCUACUUUGACUGAAUUGAAGGCACUGAUGCCAUGAUCUACUUUGACUGAAUUGAAGGCACUGAUGCCAUGAUCUACUUUGACUGAAUUGAAGGCACUGAUGCCAUGAUCUACUUUGACUGAAUUGAAGGCACUGAUGCCAUGAUCUACUUUGACUGAAUUGAAGGCACUGAUGCCAUGAUCUACUUUGACUGAAUUGAAGGCACUGAUGCCAUGAUCUACUUUGACUGAAUUGAAGGCACUGAUGCCAUGAUCUACUUUGACUGAAUUGAAGGCACUGAUGCCAUGAUCUACUUUGACUGAAUUGAAGGCACUGAUGCCAUGAUCUACUUUGACUGAAUUGAAGGCACUGAUGCCAUGAUCUACUUUGACUGAAUUGAAGGCACUGAUGCCAUGAUCUACUUUGACUGAAUUGAAGGCACUGAUGCCAGAAUAAUUUUAUUCUUAGAAGUAAGAAGUGUUUAAACUGACAAUCUGUAAGAGUGCAGCUUUAAGCCUUAACUGCGUAAUGUUUAAUUAUGAUACUAUGUCUUGAAGUGCUAAAGUAAUGUAUUAGGUUUAAAGUUCAUGGAUGUAUAACCUUAACUCGACAGCUUUAACUGUAACUGAAACUCCUUAUAGACUUAUACAUUUCAUUUUAAGGUUAGCCAUCCAUCAUGAGGAAGCAAAGAUGUGUUAGUGCGUUUUAAAUAUUAACAUCAAGAUUAUUUCUAUGUUUGAAGUGACACUCUUAUUCAAAAUCAAUGCAUACACAAUGUAUACAAAACAUAAAUUCUGAGUGAUAAUCCUCUAACUACUUACUAAAAUGUAUUUUUGGAAAAUAUUAUUUACUGAUAAAACUAUUGUUACCGUGAUUUUAAAUAGCAAAAUGCAAAAACAUGCAAAAAUAUUAAAUGAUUGGUGAGUGCUAAAAGACUUACUGUGAUCUACUAUGGUCACAUAAGGUAGAAAUACUGUGUUUUCUGCACCUUUUUUCAAAUUAAACUCUGUAUCCUUCAUUAGAACCAUUGUUUUUGACAUUUAUUCAUCUUUUUUGGUAUAGUAAAACAUUUGAAUUAAAUGUGGUAAAUCUUCUUUGGGAGUAAGAGUGCAUCUUUAAUCUGUUAUUGAUUAACUAAUACAUUACAGUAUAUUAUUUUUGCUUGGAUUACAUUUUUAAAAUCAAAAUAUGAGCACACUGUUAUGAUAUGAUAUCUAAAAUGGAGGUAAUAUAACAAAAUUAUACUUUGGUUAAAAAGCAAUUUUAUUAAUUUAUUUCUUAAAUAACACAAUGUCUAUAUAAGGUUAAAACUUAAAAUAUAAUUAUUCAACCCUUUAAAAUGAAUUUUCAACAGUAGCAAUUUUUGGUAUUAAUGAUGAUGGAUGGAUUACCGUAAAUGAAAUAUGUUGCCAUAUUGUCCAGCUGAUGUUACCUUUUGCAAUCAAAUUUGGUGCACUAAUUGUUCGAUGCUUUGGAAAUAAACACAACAGUGCUAUAAUUCUAUAUGAGUAUGAUAUUUCCAAUUUUCCGUAAUCUGUUUUAUAAAGAAAAAAAAUGUGGUAUUUUGAUGGUCUUAUUGUCAUUGCUGUAACUGUUGUUGUCAUUGUCAUCAUGCAAAAAGCUUUAAUUUUGGCCAUAAAUAACUAGCCAAGAUAUUUGACUUUAACUUGGUACACAUGUUGUAGAGAUAACCUCCCCAUGUACGGCAAUCCUUUUCUUUGAGUUUUUAAAGGCUUGCUUGCUCCCAUCAUGGCUGCAUUAUGACUUGAUUGCUUCACAUCCCCCAGUGUCACUUAACAAACUUGUGAAUUCAAAGAAAGAAUUUCGGAUAUUAGUCAAGUAGUUUUUGGUCUGAAAGUGUCAGAAUACCUAGUCAGGUCACAUGUACCCAGUGCUCAUCGAUCUGGGUUAAAUAAUUGUUGAGUGAUGCCGCUUGUUCAAAUAAAAAACAACAACAACCAACAUUGGGGUUUGGCUUAGCUCUGCGAUGCUCUUGUUCACGAUGUAUUGUGCUGUGAAUAUAAAACUAAGCAAAAAGUCUUGCAUUAAAUGCUAGUGUUGUAACACUCAUGGAAUUGGUAAAAAAUAUAUUGAGAACAAUUACCUUGCAUAACUAAAACACUACCAUGGACAGCACAUUGUUUUCAAAAUUGGUGCCCCAAUAAAAAGUGCUUUUUAGAAAUAAGUGAAGGAUUUUACUGGCUAAAAUAACAAUAUGUUUGUGUUUUGUCUUUUGAAAUUAAGUAGUGCUACGGAUUCAACUGUUAUCGGCUGCAUGUAUAAAUGUACAUGUAUUGUGUAUCUAGUGUUUUAUAUAAACAGCACAAAAGUGUGCUUUGUAAAAUGUUGUUAAGCUGUGUACACUGCAAUUGUUGUUUUCUCAUUUUUAAAGGGUACAAUUAGGUAUGACUCCCAAAAAGUUCCAAUUGGAUGCAUAUUAUCUUAAUACACACAUAAUGAAUGUUCAUGCAUUUAUAGAUAGGCAAUGAGACCAUUUUACUUUUUAAGGUUUUACUUCCCCUCUGAAUACUCUUCAAUUGUUAAUUGGAGGUGUUUGGUAGGUUUUUCCAGCACUGGUCACAUGAACAAGAACAAAGUCUUGGAUGCAAGAAUGAAAAAUCUAACACUGACCUAUGUAAAGAAUUUUUUAACCAUAAGAGGUCAAUUUUAUAUGUUACCAAUUGACUCAAAUAGUGCUAUGUGUAAGAUAAAAUUUACAAAAAUUCAAAUGUUUGGCACACUAGCUGUUCGAUUUUUUAAACUCAUAUCAUUUUUUGGACCGUACAAUAAAUAAGUAUGUUGAUGACUCGUACUGAUCACAAUACUUUGAGGCGUUUAUUGUUGUUAUUGAUAUUUUAUAAUGUUUAUUGAUUACAUAAGUACCAUUCUUUUGGUAAAAGCUUUAUUAUUUACUGAAAUAUUAAAACAUGCUCUUUUUGAUAUAUUCUCACCAAAAAUAGUGUCUAUGAUUGUAUAAACAUCACAUUAUCAUAACUUUUUAACUGAACUGUAAAUUGAAUCUCUGGAAGAAUAUAUUUAAUGAGAAAAACAAUUUGAAGCCUUUAAGGCCUUUAAAACCUUGCCUAUUUUGGCUGUUAAGCCUUGAAUAUUAAUCCAAUACCGUAUACUGUAUAUAUGAACCAGACUAUAUGAUCAUCAUUUAUUUUUGUUUCAUGAACAUUUGUGAAAUGGCUUUAGAAGUUUUGUAGAGUAAUUGAAAUAUUUUGUGUUUAUUGAAUGUCAUAUCUUAAAGUUAAUUAGUCAGGAUUAGUUCAGAUAAGUUAAGAUAAAAUUAGAUUUAUGUAUCUGGAGAAUUUAUAUGUGUUCAUUGUUCAGAUCCACUCUGUUUAAAUUUAGUAAAUAAACCAAAAAAAAGGAAAAAAAAUAUCCAUGUUCAGAUAAACUCUGUUAAAAUUUGUUUAAUGAACCAUAAACCAGAACAAAUAUGAGUGAAAAUGCCCAUAAAAGAUACAUCCGAAUUGCUUGUGCCUUUUAGUUACCCAUCGAUGUUAUCUUAUGAAAUAAAUGUUUUAAACACAAACUUGUUAAGUAAGAUGCCAUAUGUAGUUAUUAUUUAAUUGAUAGAUUUUAUGUUUGCCCCAAUAUCACGAAAAUACUUAAGUCAAAUCUCAAGUUCAAUCUCAACUCAUUUUACCAUAUAAUACAAAAUAUAUUGGAAAUAAAAAUAUGUUUUUACAAAUUUUAAAACGCAUUCUUUCAUUGAAUAUGCUGAUCAAAACCUUUCGUCUAGAUUCCAGUUGAAACCUUUUUUAUAGCCAAAAAUGUACUUGAGUUCCAUUCAUUGCCUUUUAACAAUUACCCAAGUAUAUAUUUUUGCUCUAGAACAAGAUUUCUUUGAAAUAUUGUCAAAAUCUUUCAAUAACACAUUCUAUAAGAAAAUAGGUUUACAAAAAGUUUGAAAACAUGCAAGAUUUUGAAUAAUACGAUGCUUUUAUGUGGUAAAUGGAGUUGAGAUAGAGAUUGAGAUUUGACUUAAGUAUUUUCGUGAUAGAUUUUAUGUUGGUGUUCAUUAAUGUUAUUUAAUUUUGUUAUAUUACUAACUGGCCAGUAAGUCAGCAAUAAUGCUGUUCAUGAACAACAGUUUGUGAAAUUUGUGGGUUUUUUUACUAUGCAUUAUAGACAGUACAAAUAUUGCCAUUAUUUUCUACCGUAUGUUAACUUUUCUGUGAUUGACUUUUGUUCUGCUUCCUACAAAACCUCAGUGUUUUAUAUUAGGUUUUUUUAUUAAUUCUUAACUAUCCAUGUGAGUGGUCUAGUGUUAUAGGUCUGUCUCUCACCCAAGAGGUUGUAGGCUCGAUCCCCACCAGGGGUAAUUUCUCACGGCCUCGCAAAAAAGGACACAGUACUAGUUUCUGCCCAUGCAGGAAACAGACUCGAGACUGAUCUUAUAGUGAUCUUAUAUUAAGCUAUAAGCUUUCAUCACAAUCGAGCUAAAGUAAAUUAGUAUAAACCAACUAUCCACCAGAAAUAAUUGUUGUUGUUUUUUGCUGGGAAUAUUGACUGGUAGGUUGUUAAACUCCUGUAGAAUAACAAGGAACAUUCUUAAAUUUGUUGUAAAAUCUUUUAUCCUUACUUAAAAUUUGUUAAUAUAACCAUUAGAUCUGCCCUGAGUUCAGCUUACACUAACAGUCAAUCACGUUAGUGAACUGUUUUAUUUCAUAUCCCUGUUGCAUCGCAGGGCAUACACUGCAAGCAAGAAAACCCAAUCACAAACAUAUGCCACAAACACCUUGUACGUUAGCCUUAAUGAACGUAGGGCUAUUAAUAUAAGUAAUAAAAUCCAUUACGGAUUGAAGAUCCAUUAUUGUGAUAUUAUGUAUGUGUUCUAUUUUAACCUGUCUUUUGUCGGUAUUAAAAAAGCGUCUAGGUAUUGUUAUACCCUUUGGCAUUAUAUUAGUUGUUGUGCCCCUUUAUCAAGUGAGGGGAACCACAGAUGAGGGUGGAGCUCGCUCUUGUCUUAAACAUAUAGUCAUAAAAUGUCUAGGUAUUGUAAUGUCGUUGGCUUCGUCAUCUUUUUAGUGCCCUGUUAUCAGCUGUGGAAAACCACAGACGAGGGUGGAACUCACUCUUGUUUUCAACAUAAUACACUGACUGUUCAGAACUUUGUUAAAACCGCACUCUCACAGAUUGAACGUUUUGACAACAUUUUUUUUUUUUGUCUUGGAACGAGCCAAUUUUUGCAAAAAACCCAUUGAAACCAAUUAUAUAAGACUGCUGAUAAAUGCUUAUGUUUAUGUUCAAAAAUUGACGUUUUAUGCAUUUUUCUUGAACCGUUACUAACGGUUCAAGCCAUAAAACAUUUACUUUCAAACGGAGAUAUGAAAAUUUGCGAUCUGAUCUUUUGUCAGCAAUCUUUUAUCAUUGGUUUGCAGAUAUUUACGCAAAAAUUUGCUCUUUCCAAGACAAAAAAUUAAAAAGUUGUAAAAACAGUAUAUUUUUGAGAGUGCAGCUUUAAAUUGAACAAUGUUGUUAAUGUCGUCGUUGUUAACUUUCAAAUCUUGACUGCUCUGAAAGGUUAAUGAAUCUCAUCGAGAUCUGCUGUAUUUCUACCUAGAUUUGAGACAACUGUAACAGUUUCAGUUGUACCUUUUUUAUUCAAAGAUAUAAAAGCACAUCAUAAAACACCUUACCUUUAAAAGUUAACUAUGAUGCCGUUAACAAAGUUGUUAACUUUAAACAAAUUCUGAACAAUCAGCCAAUUGUCGUAAAGAGUCUAGGUAUUGUCAUGGUCUUGUCCUGAGUUCAGUUAAGGCUCACUCACGUUAACUAGCAGUUUUCUUUUAUAUUCUUUUUGCAUUGUAGAACAUACACUGCUAGCAAUAAAACAAAUUGUAAACAUUACCCACAAACCUUUAUUGAACUCCGAUUUGCAAAGUUAUUAUUCUGCAACUAAAUAACCAUUAUAAGACAUUUACAUAAAACUUUGGUGCAUGUUACCAUUGACAAAAGGCACUUGUAUAUUAAGGCCUUUAGCUCUGACUUUAAUAGGAGUCAUCAACUAAUGCCUUUUUAUGACUGAAGACACAGACCAGCAUUGCCAUCCAAUACUAGUCCUCUUGGCAACUACCGUAUUGCCAACUAUUCACCAAUAAAUUUUGCAUUGUUUUUUAAAAGUCUGGAGCAUAAUUGUGAUGGAUAUUUACUUUUAGGUGGCUUUCUUUAUCUGGGGCCAUGAUUAUGGAAAGUCUCAAGUUCAAGUCUAGACUCAGACUCAGAAAGCACUUAUGUUCACAUACAAAGAAUCAUCUUUAUUUAAUUUGUUUGAUAAACAUAUAUUUAAAUAAUGGUACUAUUUCAAGUAGUAAUAAAAUAAAGCAAAUAUCACCAUCAAUAGUCAACUUGAAUGAAAGUUACAAUGAAUUGAAGAUUUGCAGCUUUGCCACUCGAGUCUGAACCCGAACUUGAGACUGUUCGUACUCAUGGCCGCUGGUGUCAUUUCUUUCAUCGUUGUUAUAAAUAUAACCUUACAUACUUGAUGUUGUAGGAUCAAAUUUGAUAAUGAAUAUUGACUACCAUAUCACAGUUAUUGUUAGUUGUCAAGUGAAGAUUUUAUCUUUGUUAAUUAAUACACAAGCAAAGUUUUAUAGGACUUUUUAUUCUGUUAUGUAUGAUGUAUUUGAUAAAGAUUUGAUUUUGAUACCUGAUAAUAAAUGGAUAAUUCUAAACUGAAA